CCUAGCCAGCUCUAAGCUAGGGCUUUUGCGAGGUUGCGUCCAUGGCAGCAGCCACGGCUCUGGCGCCCGGCCUCGCCAGGAAGCUCAAGAAGGUCCUGGAGACGCGCACCGAUUCCCCGGAUGUGCUCGCCUCGCUCGGCACGCUCUCCACAUUCUACGCGGAGAAUUCGGCUCAAGCGCGCCGGAAUCUCCAGGCGACGAUCGAGAAGCGGGGGCUUUCCAUCAACGAGGAGUUCCUGCGGGCGUCGGAAGCGGCACAGAAGGCCUUGGAUGCUGUCGAGCUUGAAGUUGCGGGGCUUGCGGAGUCGUGCGAGAGAAUUGCGAAAUCUCUGAGUAGCUGUGAAGCGGUGACAGGGGAUAUUGUCGCCACCACUGAGAAGCUUAGAUUGGAUCUUGACAACACGAAACAGCACCAGGAGAUCGUUGCCUCGUUUCUUCACAACUACCAACUAUCCCCAGAGGAGGUGUAUGCUCUGAGAGAGGAGGAACUCAACCAAAACUUCUUCAAAGCCUUGUCACGCGUACAAAAGAUCCAUGCCAAUUGCAAGCUUUUGGUCCGAACACACCACCAGCGCGCAGGGUUGGAGCUUAUGGAUAUGAUGGCAGUUUAUCAAGAGGGCGCAUUCGAGCGUCUAUGCAGAUGGGUCCAAGCUGAAUGCCGUAACCUCAGUGACAAUGAUCAUCCGGAGGUUAGCGAGCUUCUCAAGACAGCCUCCAGAUUUUUGAACGAACGUCCGGUUCUGUUCAAGUACUGCGCUGAGGAGGUGGCAAACACGCGGCACAAUGCGCUCUUUAGGCGCUUCAUCAGCGCUCUUACACGCGGAGGUCCAGGUGGUAUGCCCAGGCCCAUUGAAGUACACGCACAUGAUCCGCUCCGAUACGUUGGGGACAUGUUGGGCUGGCUACAUCAGGCCUUAGCCUCGGAGCGUGAACUAGCAAUGUCACUUUUCUGUCCAGAUGCUCCUGCAAGUACUGGAGACUGGUCGUCGAAGGAAACCGAUGAGUCGGCGUCCCAUUUGCUAUUUGUUCUGGACCGCAUCUUUGAAGGCGUUUGUCGACCCUUUAAGGUGCGAGUGGAGCAAGUCUUACAAUCGCAACCCAGUCUUAUCCUUUCGUAUAAGCUGUGCAAUCUCCUCGGCUUUUACAGUCACAUGAUUUCUGAUUUACUUGGGAAAGAGGCUGCUUUGUCAGCUACUUUGAGGGACGUGAAAGAGGCCGCCGAUCGGACGUUUUUUGAUAUUUUGAAGAGCCGUGGUGACAAGCUUCUGCGCUAUCCCCCUCCAGUAUCUGCUGAUCUCUCUCCGCCGCCAGCGCUUGCGGAAGUUGUUCCCGUGCUGGUUGACUUGAUUGAUACUCACAACAGCAUGAUGGUCGCUGUUGGUGCCAGCAAGCCCGAUUUCAAACCAGUCAUUGCAGCUCUCGUUGAUCCAAUCAUUACGAUGUGUGAGCGAGCUGCAGCAUCUUACGCUUCCAAACCUUCACACCAGCCAGUUAAACGACUAAACAGUCUAAACUUGGACACGGGAAAGGCUCUACUCAAUGCUGCUCGACGGACCACUUCUACCGAUCCGGCUGGUGUUUCACCAUCCAAGUCACAGACCGAGGAGGAUGUACCGAGCCUUCGAAAGAUCUUCCUCAUAAACUGUGUGUCCGUCAUCCGACAACCACUGCUCUCGUACCCAGCAGCAUCGGGCUACGUAGAGUCGCUGGAAUCUUCCCUCGAGGAGUACAUGAGCUACAUCGUGGAGCACGAAGUCGCCACCAUCCUCGAGAAGUGCAACCUCCGCAGCAAAGUAGCGUACUUGAAAGCAAACCCCGAGAUGGGCGAUGGCGGAGCAACGGCAAACGAACAAGAGAUGGCUCCCUCCAACGUAGCAGAAAGCCUCAAGAUCUUCCUCAGGCUGGUUGGCGAGGGGGCAGUGGCGGAGUUUGGACAGGUGCAAGACGCGCGGCUGAGAAACGAGGCUUGCGUCCGUGUAGCCAAGGAACUCGCCAGCGCCUACAAGCUCAUCUACGACGCUUCUCCGGAGUACAGGUCGAUCCUGCGGCACAGUCCGGAACAGAUGCAAACCAUGCUCCUGGGGAUAUGACGAGCGCUCGCUUGCUAGGGCAUUCCAGGAGGCUUUUUUCUUCUCGGGGAGGAUGGAGGAGGGUGGUGGCCAUAGCUGUGACUGCUGCCGCGGCACGGCAGCAGUGGAGUCACUGGAAGAGAUGGAAUUUGCGAGGAGCUUGUCGGGUGCCGCGCACACUGGCGAUGUAAAGAGAAUGGAGCGGUUGCUCGAGAAGGGAGCCUGUGUCCAAGGUGGAGCAGCGGCAGCGUACUCGCCACUUCACUACGCCGCGCGGAAUGGUCAUCUGGAAGCUUGCCGGCUGCUACUCAAGUUUGGAGCGGGCGUGGAUGCUCGGACGAGAUCCGGCAGAGCGACGAGCCUCCAUCGCGCGGCAUUCGCUGGUCACGAAGACAUUGUUGCGCUGCUGCUCGAGAGUGGAGCCGAUCGAGACGCGGUGGAUUCCGACGGCCACACUCCUCUCCACAAGGCGAUGAUCCAAAACCACGAUAGAGCUGCGCUCCUCCUCUCGGACAAGAAGAAAGAGUUCCUGGAUUAAGCAAGAUUAUCGCUUUAUUGAUGUAGAUGUGAGAAGAAUCUCACUCAAUGGUAACAUAAAAUAACGCGCUAUUUAAUGGAA